GCCAUGUUGGUGAGAGAUGUUCCCAUUCCACCUCCUAAUCAAACUAUAAAGGACUCGGUGGACUCGUAUUUCCGAGCACUUCAUCCUGACACAUUCUACAAAGCAAUGGUUGUGACAGACAUCACCAAGGUUGAUAAAAUUUUCCAAGAGAUUGAAGGUCACAAACACAAAAUUGCUCAUGCUGAAGCUGUCUAUGCAGAAUCAAAAACAGCAAACAGACCUGAGGGCACGGGGCCUACUCAUAAGACGGGAUUCCGUGGCCUUAUCGGUAAAAAGGUCGACACGAUUGAGUAUUGUAAUGAACAGAUAAAGGAAUUGCUGCCCAAACUAGAGGAUGAACGGAAGAGCGCCCUCAGUGAGAAACAGCAACGGGCUGCCUUCGUCUUCUUCAAUAGUAGAGCUGCUGCGGCCUCAGCAUCUCAGACUCUCCAUGCCCAGAUGUUUGAUGAAUGGACUGUUACAGAAGCUCCUGAACCACGUGAGGUAAUAUGGGCCAAUCUUCCAAGGAAAAUAUAUGACAGGCACACCAGACAGACGGUGGUCUAUCUCAUUGUCUUCGUUACCGUUGCCUUCUACAUGAUUCCCAUCACUGCCAUCUCUGCCGUUACAACGCUUGAAAAACUGAGGGAGAAGCUGCCCUUUCUGAAGGUGGUUGUGGACCAGCCGUUUGUUAAGACGGUCUUACAGGCUUACCUGCCGCAGAUCGCGCUUAUUGUUUUCCUCGCCGUGCUGCCAACUCUUCUUGUGUUCCUUUCAAAGUCCGAAGGGAUUCCUUCACAGAGCCAUGUGGUGAGGGUGGCAUCGGGAAAAUAUUUCUACUUCAUCGUCUUCAAUGUCUUCAUUGGCUACGCAAUUGGUUCCUCAUUGUUCAGCGCUUUGGAAAAAGUUAUCAAGAACCCUACUGGGAUUUCUAUGACGCUUGCCACCAGGCUUCCCGGAACUGCAACUUUCUUCUUCACGUUCGUUGCACUCAGAUGCUUUGUUGGUUAUGGGCUUGAGCUCUCUCGUUUGGUCCCUCUCAUCAUUUUCCACCUGAAAAGGAAGUACAUAUGCAAGACAGAGGACGAGGUGAGAGCGGCAUGGGUUCCAGGAAACCUGAGGUAUAACACCAGGGUUCCCAACGACAUGCUCAUCGUGACAAUUGUGCUGUGCUACUCCGUCAUCACGCCUUUGAUUUUGCCAUUCGGUGUUGCUUACUUUGCUCUGGGUUGGCUUAUAGCAAAAAACCAGGUUUUGAGAGUUUAUGUUCCGAGUUAUGAGAGCAACGGGCGAAUGUGGCCACACAUGCACACAAGGAUCAUU